AAAAAUAAUGAUGAUGAAAAUGAUAUUAGGAUGCAUCGGAGAUUUUAUAUUUAAAGAUAAUAGCAGGUGCUCGUCAGCGAUGUCUUGAAGAAUGGUCACUAACCCAGCCUACAUUGACUAAAAUUGUUCCCCUCAUCAGCACAUCCGCAAAGAAACCAGGAUAUUAAAUAUGGCGUCAACAAACUCCGAAAAUAUUACAUCCAAAGUACUCGCAAGCCUCAAGGGAACUCCCUACGAAUCAUCAUCUCUCGAUAUAUUGUCGGGUGGUACAGCCAAUUUUAUAUAUCGCGCAACCCUAUCGCAGCCUCUCGAUGACGGAACAAAAGAGGUUCUCGUAAAACAUUCCGAGGAAUAUAUCGCGAAUAAUCCAAGCUUCAAGAUAACCCUAGCCCGCUGUCGAAUCGAAGAAGAAUGCCUACGUGCGCUAUCCGCCUUCACCAUCGUAGGCAAGGCCGAUUCCAUUGAUCCUUACAACUUCCUAGUCCGAACGCCGAAAUUUUACCAUUUUGACGCCGGUAACAACACGCAGGUCCAAGAGUAUCUAGAAAGUGGGAGUAACCUAAAAUCUUAUGCACUUAAAACGUAUGCGGCCGGAGCCGGGUCCGACUCGGAAGCGACGAAGCGCCAGAGCAUACAGUUGGGGAAGGCGCUGGGGCGAUGGCUCCGCGACUUCCACGAUUGGGCGGCGCAACAGCCGGACUUGCGCGCCGUGGUUGCCGAGAAUACGGAACUGCAGCUGCUAAAGCAUACCAUUAAUUUCACGUGGUUGCUAGAUCGGAUUAAGCUGUUUCCCUCUAUUUUAAGUGAAGUGGAAGGUGUCUUCGAUGAAAUUAGGGAUGCGACUGCCGCGGAGUUAAAAAAUGAGAGCGAGUUGCAGGUUAUUCAUGGCGAUUUCUGGUCGGGGAACAUUCUCUUACCUAGCGGUCCCAUACAAGAGGGCGUGGACGUGCCGAUAUUCGUUAUCGACUGGGAGAUGGCGCAAAUAGGGAAACGAAACCUCGAUGUGGGCCAGAUGAUCGGCGAGUUAUACCAGUUAAAACUGUAUAAGGAUAUCUCGGCCGGUCUAUGGAUGGUCCAAGGAUUCGUGGACGGGUAUGGCGCGGUGAGCGAAGAAUUUGCUUUCCGCACAGCGAUUCAAUUCGGAGCGCAUCUUGUCAGCUUUGGAACAGUGGUUUCUGGUUGGGGCACUCCGACGCAGGUUGAAAAUUGUGCACGUGUGGGAAGAGACAUAAUAGUUUAUGCGUGGAAAAAAGACCGUCGCUGGUUUGAAGAAAACGAUCUCGGGUGUCUGUUUGGGGAAGUCCGGUGAGGGCUGCAUUGGGGCUUUCAAGAAACCGAAAACCGAUCAGAUAUCUCAAAAAUGAUACAUCUAAAUGAGAUGAAAGGUACUUUCGGACAAAAAUAAAAAUUCGAUCGACACCUGUGUGAUUCGAACACACGCCCCCGAAGGGAAUGCCUUCGCUGUUACCGAAUACUCGGAUAUAGCAGGGCAUCGCGUUAACCACUCCGCCAAAGUGCCCUAACCCGCACAUUCUGCAGGAACUCGGAUGGUUGUUCGAUUUGUUCUAAAGUUAGCUUAUACUUGAGCCCACAUUGGAUGAAUUCGUGAAAUACAGGAACUACCCGAAUCUACUAUACACUUAUACGAUUAUCUUGAAUAACUACCCUCUAGAUUUAGGUCUUGAAUUAUUUUAGUAGAACCUUAUAUGGUUCCUUUCCGCCUUUCUUCUAUCUUCAAGUUGCACAGUAUCCACUCUGCUCUCAUGAAGGGUACACCAUAUAGACCCAUAACGCGGAUAUGGCCAAUAAUCAAGAUCGAAAGGUGUACCACUUACGAAAACAAACACGUAUCACCUUACGCCGCUCAUAUUACAGAUUAAAGCAUGGUAGAUAUCCGUUAAAACAUGAGGUGUACUAUUCGGAGUGAUUAAGAUGAUAUCUCUGGCCCAAGGGUAAGUUCUACAUCAAAAUACAAAACUAUUCCCAAGCAUGCGCGAAAACAGUUAGA